GGAAGUGGCUCGCCCUCCACGCCCAGCGCUAUAGUCUUGGCAGGGUGUGGGGCUGUCAUAGGGUCUCAAGGGCCCAGUGGCGGCGGCCCCGGGGAGGGGCGCGGUCCACGGCGGCCUUCCGCGGCCUCAGGACCGGGGUGGGCCGCUGCGCACGGCGUGCGGCGGGCGCGGGGUAACGGGGACCUCGAGUCCCGCCCUGAUCGGAGCCGACUCGGCGCUGGAGGGAUCGGCGGGAAAUGGCGGACGAGGCGUUGUUUUUGCUUCUCCAUAACGAGAUGGUGUCCGGAGUGUACAAGUCCGCCGAGCAGGGGGAAGUGGAAAAUGGACGGUGUAUUACUAAGCUGGAGAACAUGGGGUUUCGAGUGGGACAAGGAUUGAUAGAAAGGUUUACGAAAGAUACUGCAAGGUUCAAGGAUGAAUUAGACAUCAUGAAGUUCAUAUGUAAAGAUUUUUGGACUACAGUAUUCAAGAAACAAAUUGACAAUCUAAGGACAAAUCAUCAGGGCAUAUAUGUACUUCAGGACAACAAAUUUCGACUACUCAUUCAGCUGUCUGCAGGAAAACAGUAUUUAGAGCAUGCAUCCAAGUAUCUAGCAUUUACAUGUGGCUUAAUCAGAGGUGGCUUAUCAAACUUGGGAAUAAAAAGUAUUGUAACAGCUGAAGUCUCUUCAAUGCCUGCCUGCAAAUUUCAGGUGAUGAUACAGAAGCUGUAGAGCGAGGUGGCGACUCCUGGGCAGAGCAUUGCACAUCCUGAUUUCACCUCAUCGUUGGAGAAAAUUGUUCUCACCAGAGUCACAUAGACCAAGUCAAAGUAGACACAGGUCCUUUGACCAUGACAGAAACUGACCUAUUCAGUGAUUUCAGAGAACUAGACACCAAGAUGCAAGGCUCUUCGUUUUAAACAUCUUUAUUUCCAUAGGUGAUUAGCAUUUAACCAUCAGUUGGGAAGUGAAACUCAGGGUGUGUUGAAUUGCUGUAUAAAAAAAUGCACCAAUCAGAAUAGUUUGCAUUCAAAUGACCAAAAUUUGUUGAACUAUAAAUCUGUUUUUUCUUAUUUAAAAAAAAAAACAACAAGCCACUAUGUUAAAUUAAGCUUAAUUUUUAUUGUAUUGCUUAUAAUUUAUUUGUCGAGAGAGUUCAUAUGCUUAUGUAAGGAUUUCAUUUAUACAUUUGUAUAUAUGUGUAUAUAUAAAUACAUGCAUUACUGUCUAAGUUGCUUGAAAGUUUAUUUUAAUGGAUUUCAGUCCUUGAAA